ACACAAGUUACAGAUUUUCAACGCCACACAAACUUGAUAAAAUGUCGCUCAUCUUAUGUAACCAGUUUAACAAACCCAGCCAAUACUGACAACACAAGCGAUUGCUCAUUUUAAUACCUGUUCACCUAUUCGUAUUAAUUCAAACCAUUUGAUAAUCGUGAGUAUCUCAUGUGUGCUUGUUGGAUCCUAUGAAUUGGAUCCUAUGAAGCUCUACAUCAGCUGAUUUGAGGCAUAAAUUGUAUUUCAACUAAACUCUUUGGGCUGUUAUCAUGUAGAUGCCACCAGUAACCCAUCAUUUUUGGUAUACGAAUCCAGACGAACAGUAUCUUUUAUAAUUGGAUAAAAGUUACUUCAGGUAAUAGGGCGCAGGUACUCAGUACAUAACAGAUUGUUGAUCAAGAGCGCAAGUUUUGUACGAAAUCAAAAUCGAUCCAACUUGUGGCCUGUUCUUCAAACGUCUCUUUAUGCUGUUACAACAAAAACAAGUAUAAAAAAAAGUGAUAAUCUUGAGGAUUGUUGCAACUCAACUAGAACCAAUCUUCAUAUCAUUAAUAGAUCUACCAAAAAAGAGAUAAAAUAACACUAAUAUCAUCAAAAUUAUUUAUCUUCUGCAUUCCAAGCUUAACUAAUUCCUUUCCUGUAAAACUCACUUUGACCAAAUUGACCUGUUUCUCUGGCUAAGUGUCCAAACAUCUUCAAUCCUGUUAUAGUCAUCAGUGUUCUUCCAAUUACCAUCAUCUUAAACCAGCCUCUGUUGGACUAGUCAACUGACAAACCAUUUGAAAUACAAUUAAACCUCAAAAAUUGGUUUACAAAAAUCAUAUUUUGUUUCGCGUUUCCCAUUCAUCCAAUAAACAUCAACAACAAUAGCAACAACAAAAGGAUUCAUCAUGAGCAAAAUUGUUGAUUUAAACGUUGGUGGAGUUUACUAUUCAACAACAUUUGAAACACUCAAUCGUGAACCAGAUUCACUAUUCAACAAACUAUUAACCAGUUCUGAUUCUUCCAAGAUUACAAAAGAUUCCCAGGGGCGAUUUUUCAUUGAUCGCGAUGGUCAUUUGUUUCGUUAUAUUCUUGAAUACCUUCGAAAUGAGUGUAAACUGGUUUUACCUGAAAACUUCAACGAACGAGAUCGACUUAAAUGUGAAGCCGAAUAUUUUCACUUGAAUCGCCUUUCCAAAUCAAUAGAUUGUGCUCCACCAGGAAACCUUAAGCCACUUUCCCUUUCAUCCACAACCUCAUCAAGUGUAUCAUCAACAUCAAGCAACCCAUCAACCCUGACCACAACAACAUCAACAUCAACUUGUGCUACUUCAUCGACCGUCAACUCGUCAUUGACUCAUCCCACACAUUCACCCAUCUCGACCAACCCAGGUCAACAGAUUUCGGGUUACAUUACAAUUGGUUACCGUGGAUCCUUUGGCUUUGGUAAAGAUGGUUUGGCUGAUGUUAAAUUUCGCAAGUUAACCCGAAUCCUGGUUGCUGGUAAGGUUAUCCUUUGUCGUGAAGUGUUUGGUGAUUCAUUGAAUGAAUCCCGUGAUCCGGAUCACACUGCAUUCCAGGAUAGGUACACUUCAAGGUUUUACUUGAAACACCAAAUUCUUGAACAAUGUUUCGAUGCUCUCAUGGAAAAUGGAUUCCGAUGUGUUGCCUCAUGUGGCUCUGGUACCUCAGGUGGUGAACCCUUGAAACCAGGUGUUGAUGCCGAAGAGAAUCGAUGGAAUCAUUACAAUGAAUUUGUUUUUUGUAGACCUUAACCUUUUUCUUAUGGACAUUUUAAACCAUUUCAAACAUGAAAAGCCCAAAAACCAUGGACGAAUUAUUUAAAGACCAAAAUCGAUCAAAGACACAACAAGCUUUCACCAAUCACUAACCAAAAUAGUGUACAAAAGCAAUUAGCAAACCAAUUUAAAGAAACAAUCAAAUCAAGACCAAUUAAUGGAUAAAUUGAAAAGUGCAACCAAACACAAAUGGAAAAAAUAAAUGCAACAGAAAAUGAAAUUGUUAUAUAACAUGAGAAAUGAUGGAAAAAUAUGAUUUAAUGUUUGAAAAGGAGAAAGAAAUGGAACACAAAAAUUGAAAAAGAAAAUUGGAAAAUUGAACUUUUUCCUAUUCUCUUCAUUUCUAACCUUUUCUUUUACUUCUACUCAAUCAUCAAAAUCUAAUUAAUCUAAAUUUCAAUGGAUGGAAACAAAUAAUGGCCAAAAAAUGUUGAAUGACCAGGAAAAACCAUCAAUUUAUUAUAAAUGUUGAUAAUCUAGAAGAAGAUGAAAUCUAUUCAUUGUUGUUGUCCUUGAUUCCUUUCUCAUUGAUUUCAUCUUGACCAACAUCAUCAUCAUCAUGAAUCAACUGGAACAUCUUUCAAAGUGUAAUUUGAGAUGAAACAACAAAAGAAACUGAUGAAAAUGUGAAAUUAUGAAUUCUAACUGUCUUUACCGUAAUUAUUCAUCUCAAGUUUCACAGUCGCAAGAUGGUUUAUUGAUUGAACAAUCUCAGCAUUGAAAUUAAGUGUCAAAACAGUCAAGUAGCUUCCAUGAGGCUUACUUUCAUUUUUCAGAUUUCUUUUCAUUUCAAUUUUUUCCAAUUCUUGCGAUUCAUUUCAAUUGAUUGUUGACCCUCUUUUUUACCUUCUCUGUUUCCUGAUUGUAUCGACUGAUUAACAUUCAAUUUAAUCUUAAAGAUCAUCUUUAACUAUUAUUAGAGACUAUUAACUGUUAGCUGUUUGAUUAUUCACAUUUAUUAACAUUGAUUAUCAACUGGAACCAACAAACGCCUUCAUUUUAUUCAAUCUUUCAUCUUUAAUAUUCAAUCUGCUUCCAAUGUUUCAAUUUUACUCUUGAUCAUCAACAUUCACUUUGUUAUUGCUGGUUCAUAUUGAUUGUAAAUUAAUGUUUUACUGAUUGUUGCUGUUUCAAUAAAAAACUGGGGACAAAAUUGGUGAUCAAUUUAACAUAAAGUGGAAAAUAUGAUUCUUGAUUUGGUUAAAACAUAUUUUGUUAAUUUUACUUUCAUCUCUUGAUUUUUGCAUUUAGAUCAUUUUGACUGUAAAAAUUAAACUGAAAAUUUCAAAGUAAUUAUAUGGAUUGAUGGCAGAUAAAUAAUCAUUUCAAAUUUAAUUGCCACUCUUUAGUUAAUUGUUAACUUUUACCAUUUCUUCUUCUUUUCCAUUGCACUAAACAUCUUUAAUAUUGAUUUGAUUCAUUGAAAAACAUCUAAAAUUUAACUUUAAUUGCUGAAUAUUGAUGACUAAACCAUCAUUUUAGGAGCACAACAAUAAAACAAUGAGGAAACAAUUGUAAACAAUAAACUAAUGUCACUCGAUAAAAUUAUGAUGGCUAUUCAAUUUUAAUGUACAUAAUAAAUAAUAAACUAAAUUAACCGAA